UCUUCCCUCUACUUAACCAGUACCGGGGAAAGCAGCUCUGGCUUCGGGAAAUAUAAAUGCAAGACGAACAUCAACGUUUGAGUCAUGUCUUAAGGCGGACUUCCAUAAAUGUCAGGAUGCUCUUCAUUUGAUGGACACAGAGGCUGCGCCGAUUGAGUACUUGUCUCCGUGUCUGUAACCGACUGAAAUUAUGUUGCCAGAUAUUUUGUGUGUGAUAUUAUUCAGCACCAUGCACAUCGCAUCAUCUCUGGAGCUGCAUCUUGACAUGCCAAAUGUUUGUGCUGACCAGGAGAUGUCCAUGUUGGGGGUCCGUCAGCCUUGUGUGCAAGCUUUUACCCGGAUGGUUAAGGUGUGGAAACAGGGCUGUACCAGCCACAGAUGGUGUAUGGGCUACGAGAGAAGGACAGCAUACUACACAGUGUACAGACAGGUGUAUAGCACGGAGUCACACACAGUCUACAAGUGUUGCCCUGGCUGGACUCGGAAAGGUGAAGAGAUGGGCUGUCUGCAUAGGGUGUGUGGUGCCAAUACAUGUUUCAAUGGAGGCCAUUGUGCAGAGACUGGAGAUCAGAUAUGUCAGUGUCCACUGGGCUUCAAAGGGACGCAAUGCCAAUAUGAUGUUAACGAAUGUGAAGUGGAUGAAGGCGGCUGUGAGGGGUACUGUUGCAACACCAUUGGCAGCUACUACUGCAAGUGUCCUGAAGGCAGUAGACUGGGGCCAGAUGGCAAGACAUGUCAUGAUGUUAAUGAGUGUGAGGAGCUCAAUGGAGGAUGCCAGCAAACGUGUGUCAACACACCAGGCUCUUAUCACUGUGAAUGCAGCGAAGGCUUCCGCAUGCACACUGAUGGUCGGACCUGCCUUGCUGUGAACUCUUGCUCGGUUUUGAACGGUGGAUGUGAGCAUAAGUGUGUGGACAUGGGGAAUAAUCACUACAAGUGUGACUGUCGAAAGAACUACCAGCUGAAAAGAGAUGGGAGACACUGUGAAUUGAGAGACCCCUGUGAGGAGAGGAAUGGAGGCUGCGCCCAGCUGUGUCUUUCAGAAGGCACCUGGGUUCACUGCAGCUGCCGACCUGGUUAUACACUGGCUGGAGAUGGCAAGAACUGUGAAGACAUUGAUGAGUGCAGUUUGGCCCGUGCUAAGUGUUCCCAUGGAUGUGUCAACAUGCUGGGCUCCUUCAGCUGUGUGUGUCAUCCGGGCUUUGAACUUGGUGCUGAUGGCAAACAGUGUUACCGCAUUGAGAUGGAGAUUGUCAACAGCUGCGAGAAGAACAACGGAGGUUGCUCUCAUCACUGUGAGCACACCACCAAUGGCCCGCUCUGCUCCUGCAGCAAUGGUUACCAGUUGGACCAGGACAGGAAGACCUGUGUAGAUAGUGAUGAGUGUGUCAGUGGGGAUUCCUGCUGCAGUCACUUUUGUAGAAACUACCCGGGUGGCUACGAGUGCAGCUGCAGAGCUGGCCACAGACUAAACUCAGAUGGCUGUGGCUGUGAUGACAUCGAUGAGUGCUUGGCAGAGACCUCAGGCUGUGAACACUACUGUGUCAACUCCCUGGGAACAUAUGAGUGUUUUUGCCGACUGGGCUUCCGCUUGGAUCAGGACCAGCACUCCUGCAUUUCUCUCUAUGGCAGACAACUGGAAGAAGAAGAAGAGGAGGAGGAGGAGGAGGAGGAGCAGCUGGAGGUCCACAGAUUACCAGGCCCACUGUUCCGCAAUGCUCCUCAGCUCCUAAAGUACACAGCAGCCUUGCACUCCCAUUAUGACAUUGAUGAUGAUGAUGAUGAUGGUAGUGAUGGUGGUGACAAUGAAAAAGAAUUAGAGAUCCAGAGGGAGCGUCGAGGAGAGCUUAGACUGGACAGUAACAUAGUGUGUCUGGAUGGCUCAUUUGGGGAUGACUGCAGUGUGAGCUGUGAAGACUGUGUGAAUGGAGUUUGCAGUGAAAACCGAGACCGAUGUGAAUGUUCACCGGGAUGGACUGGGGUCAUCUGCAACAAGACUUGUCCACAAGGGACCUAUGGGAAGGCCUGUAACAACCUGUGCCGUUGUCAGAAUGGAGGCUCGUGUGACCCUGCGAAUGGGAGGUGUUUGUGUCCCCCUGGGGUAGAGGGCCUGCUCUGCGAGGAAGGUUGUCCAAAGGGUUAUUUCGGGAGGCACUGCAGAAGAAAGUGCAACUGUCCCAACAAUGGACAUUGCCAUCAUCUGUAUGGAGGCUGCCUGUGCUCUCCAGGACUGUAUGGCCGCUUCUGUCACCUGCCUUGUCCCAGGUGGACGCACGGUGCAGGCUGCUCCAAGGAAUGUGACUGUGUUCAAGAACAUUCCACUGGCUGUGACCCCAAAACAGGGAGCUGUUUCUGUAAGGCCGCAUACCACGGCCCACAGUGUGAGCGAGAAUGUGAGCUUGGCUUCUUUGGUGCAGGCUGUGAGCAGCCAUGUGACUGUCCAGGUGGAGGGUCAUGUGACCCAAGGACGGGAGAAUGCCGCCGGCAAUGUCCUGCCGGCCUUCAUGGACAUAUGUGUCAGCUGGCCUGCCCGUCAUUGAGCUAUGGCGAGAGCUGUCGUUCGACCUGUGACUGUGGAGGAGCCCCUUGUCAUCCCGUAACCGGACAGUGUCUCUGUCCUGCUGGGAAGACUGGACACUCUUGUGACCAAGACUGCUCUGAUGGAUUCUGGGGGUUGAAGUGCCAGUCAUAUUGUCCGAAGUGUGAGAACAGAGGCUCCUGCAACAAGCAGACUGGUGCGUGUGACUGCAAACCAGGUUUCACAGGGAACCUCUGCCAAAAUGAGUGUCCCCCAGGUUUCCAUGGACCAGGCUGUUUCAUGCGCUGUUCAUGCCACCCUGAUGCCACUUGCGACCCACAGACUGGACGCUGCUUCUGCCCUCCUGGCAAAAGAGGCCAUGACUGUGCAACAUCAUGUGAAUCUGGUUACUGGGGCCAAGCCUGCCUUAGUAAAUGCCAGUGCAAAGAAAUCUCUGUGGGCUGUAACCCGGUCACCGGUCAGUGUGCGUGUGAGGCUGGCUUUACUGGAGACCACUGUGAAAAGAAGUGCGCGGAUGGCAAUUAUGGGCAGGGGUGUGCCCAGCAGUGCCAGUGUCAGAAUGGAGCACUCUGCGACCAUGUGAGCGGAGCCUGCACAUGUUUGCCUGGACAUACCGGCACUCACUGUGAAAAAAUGUGCCCGGACGGCUUUUACGGUCUUGACUGUGGCCACAUGUGCGAGUGCAGGAACGGUGCCCGCUGCCACCACAUCACAGGAGCCUGCCUAUGCACCGCCGGCUGGGCAGGACCACACUGCAUUCUGGGAUGCCCAGAGGGUCAUUUUGGGGAGCAGUGCAGUCAGACCUGUGAGUGUCAGAACGGAGCCAGGUGUGACCACGUCACCGGGCGCUGCAGCUGUGCGGCUGGGUGGACCGGAGUCAGCUGCCAACUGCCGUGUCCUCCAGGACAAUACGGGGAACACUGUUUUGGCCAAUGCUUGUGUCAAAACGGGGGCUUUUGUGAUAGCAUCACUGGCCAGUGCUCCUGCCCUCCCGGCUGGACUGGAGAUGCCUGUGAGUUAGAGUGUGAGGAAGGACGUUAUGGAGAAAACUGCACAAAGGCCUGCAGCUGUACGAGUGGAGGGAGAUGUGACAGAGUGACUGGAAGAUGUGUGUGUCUGCCUGGUUGGAUAGGAGAGCUCUGCCAUUCAGCUUGUUCUAAAGGAUUCUUUGGCGAGGGCUGUGAACAGAGGUGUGACUGUGUCCACAGUAUGAGUUGCCACCAUGCGACGGGCCGCUGCGAGUGUGAGCCAGGCUGGAGAGGAGCCAGGUGUGACAAACCCUGCCUUCCAGGGUCCUACGGUGCUUCUUGUGCCCAAGGCUGUCAGUGCCAGGCCGGGGUCUCCUGUCACCAUGAGACGGGGAGUUGCGGGUGCCCAGCUGGACUCACAGGGCCUGGCUGCGAGAAACCCUGUCCUGCUGGCAUGUUCGGCCAGAACUGCACCCAGCUGUGCCAAUGUUCAGGAGACCAAGAGCAAUGCCAUCCUGUGACGGGGAAAUGUAGCUGUUUACCUGGUUACUACGGGGCACACUGUAAGCUACGAUGUCGUGCAGGUACUUUUGGGCCGAACUGCAAGUCCAGAUGCAGCUGCAUCAAUGGUGGUCGCUGUGACUUCAGGACUGGAGCUUGCUAUUGUCCUCCUGGCUUCAUUGGAGCUGACUGCAGCUCAAGUUGUCCGAGUAGGUACUAUGGGAAGGACUGUGCUAAGCUGUGCUCCUGUGGGCAAGGAGGGCAGUGCCACCCAGCAACUGGGAAGUGUAUAUGUACCCCUGGUUGGAUGGGACAGUCCUGUCAACAAGCUUGUCCUAGGGGGCGCUACGGCCUGCAGUGCAGAAACACAUGCAGCUGUCAGAAUGGGGGACUGUGUGACCCUGUUCAAGGGUCUUGCAAGUGUGGAGUGGGCUGGACUGGACCCCACUGUGACACAGGCUGCUCACAGGGAAAAUAUGGGCUUGACUGUGCACAAGACUGUUCAUGCCUCAACAAUGGGACCUGUGACCGCUUUACUGGCACCUGCAGCUGUACUGCUGGAUACUAUGGCCACUCCUGUCAACACAGAUGCCCAUCUGGGUUCUUUGGAGUAAACUGUGCCCACACAUGUGACUGCAAAGUGGGGCAGACAUGUGACCAUGUGACAGGCCAAUGUGUGUGUCCACCAGGCUACUAUGGCCCACAAUGCCAAAGAUGGUGUGAAGCUGGCAGGUUUGGAUUGCGCUGUGGACUGUCAUGUGACUGUGUUGGUGGGGUCCCGUGUGACCCAUCGACUGGUCGGUGCCUCUGUCCCCCAGGAAGGACAGGACAGAGAUGUGAAAAAGACUGUGGUGGAGACCGUUUUGGUCCUGACUGCUCCCUGCCGUGCCAGUGUUCCCACAGGACCCGCUGUGAUGGGCUGAGUGGGCAAUGUCUGUGCCCACUCACCUGGUUGGGCCCCACCUGUAGUGAAGCAGUGCUACACCAAAGCCCAGGACCGUUGAACUUUUCUGUGUCCCAAAGAAAGAGAAGAGCAGGCAGCAAAACCACAUAACCCAAGCAGAGGUGCAAACUCCUGACUGGGCGUUCAAACAUGGGGCUUGGCUCUGUGAAGCAUUACUCAGAUCAUCUUAAAGGUGAUGUUAGUAAUGCUAUGUUUUUGUUAAACUGGUACUCAGCUGUCAGAAACUGGCACUCCAUCACUGAGUCUGGAGCUCGCGAUAAUCAUCCAGUGGACCUGGCAUGUGAGGGGGCCUCAAAAGACUAAAACCUAUCCCAGGGUUACACAGACACGAAUACCGGCAUCACAUUUGUGACUGUUGCUGAUUGAAAGGGGUUAAUUUGCUUUCCAGUUUGACAUUUAAUGAGUUGUUAAGGGUUCAGUUUCUUUCUUUGGGGCAUUUGAGCAAGACACGUGACUAAAUCUGACACUUUCUUGUCACUAGAGAGCCUUUACAGCCACUACCGACAUUUAUUUUUUCUACGUGUGUCCACAAAAAAACCUAAUGGUUUGCAUAAAAGAAUGCCAUGCAUAUUUCUGGUGAAAAUUAAAUGGCUCUAAAACAGAUUUAGAAAUAUAUGGGUGACUUAUUUUCUUAUUCUAAAAACUAAAACACCAUGAGAGCUACAAAAAUAUGGUCCAGUAGAAGAGCUGUGAAUGUUUCAUAAUAAAAGUACACUGCUUUACGUUCGAUAUGGUUUUUCUAAUGUUUAGCUUCAGUUAAAUUACAUAAAAUUACAUCAGAAAUCCAGAAUCUAUGAACCAAAAUGCUCUAUUUCAAAAGUAUAUUUGCUAGACACAAGAUGUCUCCUGCUGGAGGUUUUAGGUUUCCACACUAUACUUGUGUAUGUCGCAUAUUGGAUUGCAGUUGGCUUCCAAAUUACUUGUGAUUUCACGAAAUCCUGCUCGUACGUGCACGUCUUAAACUGAGAUUUAAGGUGAGCAGUGGAUGAAUGUGGACACAGCCUUCUAAAGUCAAACUCUGAACACUCUUGUCAUCUGUCUGCACAGUGAAGGUCAAACAUCCAAGAUGCAAAACACACUUUUAGGGUGAAGGUUAGACUUUAAUAUAAAGAAUCAAACUCAAUCUAGUUGGUGAAUUUUUUCUUUUUUUUGCAAAACAUAUUUUCAGUUUUGUAGCUGCAUACAAAUAUCGGAGGUUUAAAAUGCAUAUUUUUUGUCUUAAUCUAAAUCCAGCACAUAUGAUCCUCAUCAUUAUGUGGUUCUCUUCCAUCAUAGUGGCCCACAAAACACAGAAAUGGCUUCCUGUCUAUGUAGAGAGGUAAUAUUAUUACUUACAUAUUUGUUAUGUGUUGUCUCAGAUCAUUAGAUCACAGAGUAUUCUAAACAGAUUUUUUUUUUAGACUCUUUCACAAGAAUGGACUUAUGCUUACCUUAACUUAUUUUAUUGCCCAUACACCUACCUUUAUAAAUGUAUGUGACGAUAUUGUUUGUCCAUAAGUUAUUUUAACAUGGCUCAUGGAAUCUGAAUAUAACAUAAACAGGCUUCAUUCACCAGAAUUACAAACACUCUCCAUCUAUUGGCAUUGACCAUGGGUUUUCUUAUCGCAGUGCGGUAUGCUGGUCGCAAUACUGCAGGCAAAACAUGCAUGCAUUGCAGAUCUGUGCUUAUUGAGUCAGCAGCAAAUACAGUAUUUGGGAAUCCAAUAGAAAAUGAUUGAAAUUGACCAUAAUUCUUUUUUUUCUGCAGUAACAUUACCGGUACACAUUUCCAGAGUCGUACAAUAUUAGAAGACUACAUGUCCCAGAUCACUACUGCUAUCAUUUACCAUACUGUAUUUGUAUUAUAUCUCAGGUCAGUGCCAGUUAUAUCAGUCGUAACCUACUGUGCUCAUUUACUGGCAUACUUAUGUCAGUGGUGCUACAUCGGUACAUUUUGUUUGUAUGAAACAUCUUCCAUUGUCUUUUUUUAUUUUACCACUGUGUCUUUAUCAUCUGUGGUUGUGUUUUGAUUAAAACAAAGAAUAAAAGAGCAACAAACCAAAUAAAUAAUAAC